AUGGACCACGACAACAACCGUCUUCGACUGAACUUUCAGUUCGACAACCAGCAUAAUUUUGACGCUGCCAAUGCUCGAAUGUAUCCUACCACUCCGUCCACCUUUCCUCAGCCGAUCUAUGGCACUCAACAACAGGAUUAUGCCAGCGGUCUCGUCUCCCCGAACCCCAACACCAACGCUGGCUAUUUCUUGAACCAACAAUACCCUCCCCAGUCGCAGCAGCCUCAAUAUCAGCAGCAAUAUCAAUACCAACCUCAGAGUGGCCUCCAAUCUCCUCAACCCGCCUACCAAGCGAAUUCGAGACCCUAUAUGGCCAACAAUAACGAUGGGACAAGCGGGCUCAUUCAACAGUUUUCCAACCAAGAUUUGAGUGCCACACCACGUGGCAAUGUCAACCGCACUCCGUCACCUGCCAUGUCGCGUCCUCGGACAGCAGGCGAAACCAGACAAGUCCAGAAUCCCUACCAGAGCCAUCUAGCGCCACCAAUGCCGAGGCCUUCACCAAAGCCCGAAGAGGAGGAACAACCGAACCCGCGCAGAUACUCCGAUAACGUUCUUAAACGAGGCACAGCUGCUAAACAACUGGUCAACAGUUUUUUCCAGGAGAAUAUUGAGAGAGCCAGGGAUAGGAAUAGUCGUGCAAAGGAGCUGGAGGCGCUGCUGAAGAACCCGGCCGUCAGCGACCUUGACAAGCAAAAGGAAAUGAAUACGCUCGCGCAGAAAGAGGCACGUUUCUUGCGUUUUAUCCGGACGCGGGAAGUGCCCUCAAACUUCACUACUAUCAAGGUCAUUGGCAAAGGAGCAUUCGGAGAGGUCAAACUAGUGCAGCGCAAGACGGACGGGAAAAUCUAUGCUUUGAAGUCUCUGAUAAAGUCAGAGAUGUUCAAAAAGGAUCAAUUGGCCCACGUCCGGGCAGAGCGUGAUAUCCUGGCAGAUUCUAAAGACAACCCUUGGCUCGUCAAGCUGCAUGCCUCGUUCCAGGACAACACGUACUUGUACAUGCUGAUGGAAUUUUUGCCCGGUGGCGAUCUGAUGACUAUGCUGAUCAAAUACGAAAUCUUCUCGGAAGACAUCACACGAUUCUACAUGGCUGAGAUCGUCAUGGCCAUUGAGGCCGUACAUAAGCUUGGCUUCCUCCAUCGUGACAUCAAACCAGAUAACAUUCUCCUGGAUAGAGGAGGUCAUAUCAAGUUGACAGACUUUGGUCUUUCCACCGGCGGUCGCAAACAGCACGAGAACUCGUACUACCAAGCACUCCUCAAAGCUGGAGCCAACGACAAGUCAGGGAACCGAAAUUCGAUGGCUCUGAAUGAGCAGAUCAAUCUGACGGUGAGCAACCGAGGACUGGUGAAUACUUGGAGGAAAUCGCGUCGUCACAUGGCCUACUCGACCGUUGGGACUCCAGAUUACAUCGCUCCUGAAAUUUUUCUCGGCCAAGGUUAUACCUAUUUGUGCGACUGGUGGUCAGUGGGAGCCAUCAUGUUUGAGUGCUUGGUUGGCUGGCCACCCUUCUGUGCCGAAGAUACACAUGACACCUAUCGCAAGAUUGUCAACUGGCGGGAAUCAUUGUACUUCCCCGAUGAACUGGUCUUGGGUCGAGAUGCUGAAGACAUGAUUAGAAGUUUUCUCUGCGACGCCAAUGAUCGAUUGGGCAAGGAAGGAGGAGCUCAUGAUGGGGCGUCGUCCAUCAAGAAACAUCCCUUCUUCCGAGGAGUGGUCUGGGAUCAAUUGCGGAAGAUCCGAGCACCAUUCGAACCCAAACUGUCAUCGAACAUCGACGUCAGCUACUUCCCCAUUGACGAGAUUCCUCAGGAGGACAACAGCGCAAUGCACCGAGCGCAAGCCAAGCAGAUCUCGCCGGAACAAGACGCCGAAAUGAGCUUGCCAUUUAUUGGAUACACUUAUAAAGCGUUUACUGCAUUCCAGAACUCAUAG